AUGUUCACUUCUGCCCGACAGGGAUGCUCGAGAUCCGUCUCGCAGCUCGGCCGACCCAGCUGGAGUCUUGCGCUACACGCCGAAUCGUCCACUCAGGCUUCUCUGCGCGCAGCUGCAGCAGCAGACAAAGCCAGACGAUCCGCGGGAAGGCCGAUCAUCCGGGCGGCGCACUCGAAGGCGAGAUUUUCAGCUGCUGCUGCCGCUGUGCUGAGCCAUGAUCAUCUGGAGCAUGCCGAGGCGGAGGAGGCGCACGAUACGUCUUGGCGGAAUAGAGCGGCGGCGAUGGAUCAUAUUCCAGAUCUAGAAGCCGUCGAGGAUAUCAUCGAAACCUCGGAAGCGCCGGCCGUUCGUCCUCGUCCCCGUCAAAUCCAGGCUCGUCCCUCCCACCCCCCCGAACCCCCUAUCGUCACUUUCCGGCGCUGCCUCACUACCGAUCCGGUCGCUAGCCUCCUCAGUCUCCGCUACUGCCUCCCAGACCAACUCCAAUCCCUCACACUACUCGAGAUUGACGUCCUCAUCUCCUCCCUCAACUCCUCACUCCGCCAUACCGCCGUCCCGUUGGAUGUCGAGUUCGAAGACAUCCAGCGCUCGCUCGUCCACGUCCGCGGGGCGCUGCUGUUCAACUCGUGGGGCCAGCUCCCAGGACAGGUGUUUGCCGGGAAACGGUUCUACCGGUUCAUCCGGGUCUGCCUGUUGCUGGGCGAUCGGGAGCUAGUUCAGACCAUGUGGAGGGAACAGGUAGAAAGGGAGAUAAGGAUUAGAGAGGAGGUGGAGCAAGGAGUGAUGAGAAAUGCGCAACAGAAGAUCAAAAGAUUAGACGCGGAGCGGCUGGUGACUAUCCUGGCGGAUGAUCUGAAGGAAUGGCGGAUGUUGCUGUGGAUGAUGGAUCCGGCGUUAUUUCCGGCCAAACUACACACCUCGGCGACACUGCAGCGGUACCUCCAGGCGCACCUCGCUACUCGUCAACCUGGCCGCGUUCAAGCUAUCUUUGAUACCCACGCCGAGCUGGGUCUCACGCCCGCCAAAGAGUCUUACAAUCACCUUGUGCAGGCCAAGUUGGCGCUGGGAGAUGUUGUCGGGGGACGGGCGGCGAUCUUGCUGGGGCGGAAAGAGGGAAAGCUGGAUAGACAUGAGCAGCAGAUGGCGAUACUGCGCGGACAUCGGGACCUGGGAGGGACGGCGCACCUUCAGGACAGGGUGUUGAAGAAUCUAAAGUCAUUAGGGGAGGCGCCGUUGGGGAGCACGAUCAAUGCGUUGAUCCGGCUCAGGGUGGAUCAGGGGGACAUGCACGGGGCGGAACGGCUCUUGUCGUUCCACCGUCUCGACAAAUUUGCGGAUACCUCAUCCGGCGUCGAGGGGUGGAAGUCGUUCCAGCCCACCUCCAAGGAUGCCGCAUUCCUCGCCCUCAAGGUCGCUUCUCGGCAAGGCGACCUCCCUCGUGCCCGCGAGAUAUGGGCCGAGCUCUUUCGGACCAAUUACGCCGACAUCAACGACAAUCAUCUCAGCCAGAUGGUCUCGGCCCUCUGUCACGGCGGGGAGAGGGACGAGGCGUUCAAUUUCGUCAUGUCCAUGGUGGACCCGGACUGGGCGUAUCGUCCGAACAUCUCCUGGCCGGGUACAGCCAAACCCGGUAUUCGGACCCUCAACGCCGUCCUCAACGCUGUGCCUAAACGCCACUUUGGCCUCGCUCCCCUGCACAAGGUCCUCCGGCUCUACCCCCGCCUCGGCGUCUCGCCUGAUCAAAGCACCAUGAAGAUCAUCCUCAACGUCGUCGGGAGCUAUCAUAUGCCGCCGGAAGAGAUGGCCGCGCUACUUCGGGACCUCUACCGGAUGUACCCGGACGUCUUUCCAGAUAUCGGACAACUCAACGUCAUCCUUGCUGCUGCGAUGCGGUCCAACCUCACUUCUCCGCGGACACAAUUGCACGCACCUCCCCUCUCCUCCUCUUCCGACUCGACCACCUCCCCGUCCGCCGGUCUGACGGCGUUUAAGCCCCUCCGCUACGCUAUCGAGCCCGUCCUUGCUUCUUUGGAGGAACGCGGUGCCCGCUCCAACUCUCAGACCGUCGCCAUCCGGCUUCGGUACGAUGCGCUCACGCACGCCUCGGUCGGGGGUUUCCCGACUGCCGACGCGGUCUGGAGAUCCCUCAUUGACCGCGGAUUCCACCCGGACAAGCGGCACGUCCUGGCUCUUAUGCUGGGCUACGCCCAAUCCGGGGCCAUGGCGGAAGCUACCUCGGUCAUGGCGUUGGCGAAAGAGGUGGACGUGGAGCCUACGAACGGGAUGUGGAUGGCGCUCCUGGUUGGCUGGGCGAGGGAGGGCGAUGUCGCGCGCGCCCGAGCCGCUUACAGGGAGAUUGAGGCGAGUAGCGAGGGGGUCGAUAUCGUCGCCGUCACGGCGAUGGUGCAGGCCAACUACUACGCCCUCAAAUUUGACGGUGCGGCCGACAUGGUCCGGACCGUUCUCCUACCCAAAUUCGGCGAUAAGCUGGACCGGCAAGCCCUGCUCGUGGCCACGCAUGCCCUCAAGUCGAACAAUGAGGAAAUGGCGGCGCUGGAACUGGUUGAUCGGAAUAAAGGAAAGGGGUUGAUGGGGCGGCCAUUGAGGAACGUCGUGAGGAAAUUGAGGAAUUGGUUGACGAAGAAGGUGCAGGCGGAGACGGACACGGAGGGGCAUGAGGAACAAGAGGGACAGGGUGGGGCGAUGAUGUCGAGAGGAGGGAGGGAGUUUGCGAGGGGUCUGCAGCUGUGUGAGCGGAUCUUGGAGGAUGGUGAUGCGGUGAGGAGGCCGGAAGGGUACGAGGCGGUCAGGGCGGAUAUACAGCGUAGUCUGACGCCGAGGGGGUUCAAGUUGGAGUUUACAAAGAAGAAGUGA